GAACUUGAAGCUUCGACCUGCACCUUUGCAGAACUCGUGUCAGCGCUCCAGGUGUCUGGUAGAGUUAUUGUUCGUAACAUCCUAACUCCCGAAGAGAUUCGGCAAGUCGAGUCCGAUGUUCGACCAUGGCUAGACCAGAACAGACUCUGGGAUGGAGACCUUUUCCCGCCAGAGACAAGAAGGGCUUUUGGCUUGGUGAGAAAGUCUAAGACCCUUUGCAUUACGGAUAGUCGGCCAUGUGAAAAGAAUGAGGCGAGCAGUUCCAAACCCCAGCAGAACAACACCGUCGUGUUCAGCACUGGGAUUGGUGCGCACGAUCAGAAUCUCCAUAGGUCUGCCCACACGUCCGCAGCUGCUGCGAGACACGAACUGGGCCGCCACGCUGGUAUCGGCUUCAUCGUUUCAGGAAAGAAGACUGCUAGACAGAAUAAUUCCACACGCUUCAUUCCAGGGUCUCACCUUUGGGAUUACACCGACCGACCUGCCAGCGAGGAUAAAACACUCUUCGCAGAACUGAACCCCGGGGAUGGAUUCAUCAUUCUGUCGGGCUUUUUCCAUGGAGGAAGCGCAAACAAGAAGGUAAAUGAAGAGAUACUGCUCCCCGCAUGCUUUUACACUGGAAGUUGGAUGAGACACGAAGAGAACCAAUACUUGGCCAAUGACUGGGAACAGAUCCUUAAGCUUCCCAGAUGGUUGCAAGAGCGUAUUGGCCGGAGUCUCUCGGACCCCAUUUUGGAAUGGGUUAAUAUUACAGUCCUAUGUUGCCUUCGCAUCCUGAGGAGGCUAAUAAUGAAGAUUUGUUUCAAGACUAGAGGAUCCAAAUGA